CCUGGUUUGCUCGCUACUCGCCGACUUGGGUCCCUUCCGGACACAGCCCGCGCGCCCCCCGGGCUGUUCCACGGGGGCCGCGCUCCGGGUCGGGGACCGAGAGCGAGGAGGCGCCGGCUGCGGGGGGCGAGCUGCCGGGGCUCCGCAGCCAAGCCGCGCCCCGAGGAGCUCUUGGAAGGGCUCCCGCCUGCAACUGGGGAAUCCGCUCGGCGGGGAGAAUCCGCGCCAGGGAAUCCAGCUCUCCCGACUCCGCUGCAAACAAAAAGCGCCAGGUCUUGCUCCCUCCUCCCGCCCCCCGACGCGCACCCAGAGAAACAGUUUUGUGCAGAAAUGCAACAAGUAGCACCCGGGACUCACAGAGCGCCCCGCGCCGCCUGACUUGGCCGGGCGAAGCCCGCCUGCAGAGACCCGGGCCAGCCACCGGACAAAGGGCGGAGGAGGGGCUGGACGGCGCAGAGAAGUCCGAAAGAGGCCAUUUAGCGACUCUGGCCAGGCCAAGGGGAAUGCAGAGGAGACACAGAGCCAGCAGGCCAAGAGGACGAUCCGGCCGCAGCACGCAGGGCGGGCGGCGAUGGAGGCUGCCCGCGCCGUGCGCUUCCUGCUCGUGGUGUGCGGCUGCCUCGCGCUCCCGCCGCGGGUCGAGCCCGUGUGCCCAGAGCGCUGCGACUGCCAGCACCCCCAGCACCUCCUGUGCACCAACAGAGGGCUCCGCGCCGUGCCCAAGACCAGCUCGCUGCCGAGCCCCCACGACGUGCUCACUUACAGCCUUGGCGGCAACUUCAUAACCAACAUCACGGCCUUCGACUUCCAUCGCCUGGGGCAGCUCAGACGGCUGGACUUGCAGUACAACCAGAUCCGUUCUCUCCACCCCAAGACAUUCGAGAAGCUCUCGCGACUGGAGGAGCUCUACCUGGGGAACAACCUCCUGCAGGCGCUCGCCCCAGGCACGCUGGCCCCGCUGCGCAAGCUGCGCAUCCUCUAUGCCAACGGGAACGAGAUCGGCCGCCUAAGCCGUGGCUCCUUCGAGGGCCUGGAAAGUCUGGUCAAGCUGCGGCUGGAUGGGAACGCCCUUGGGGCGCUGCCGGACGCAGUCUUCGCCCCCCUGGGCAACCUGCUCUAUCUACACCUGGAAUCCAACCGGAUCCGCUUUCUGGGCAAGAACGCCUUCGCCCAGCUGGGCAAGCUGCGCUUCCUCAACCUCUCUGCCAAUGAGCUGCAGCCCUCCCUGCGCCACGCGGCCACCUUCGCACCGCUGCGCUCCCUCUCCACCCUCAUCCUCUCCGCCAACAGCCUGCAACACCUCGGGCCGCGCGUCUUCCAGCACCUGCCACGCCUUGGCCUGCUCUCGCUCAGGGGCAACCAGCUCACACACCUCGCGCCCGAGGCCUUUUGGGGGUUGGAGGCCCUGCGCGAGCUGCGCCUAGAAGGCAACCGGCUGAGCCAGCUGCCCACGGCGCUGCUGGAGCCUCUGCACAGCCUGGAGGCGCUGGAUCUGAGCGGCAACGAGCUCUCCGCCCUGCACCCUGCCACCUUCGGCCACCUGGGCCGGUUGCGCGAGCUCAGCCUGCGCGACAACGCGCUCAGUGCCCUGUCCGGGGACAUCUUCGCCGCCAGCCCAGCCCUUUACCGGCUGGAUCUAGACGGCAACGGCUGGACCUGUGACUGCCGGCUGCGGGGCCUGAAGCGCUGGAUGGGCGACUGGCACUCGCAGGGCCGGCUCCUCACUGUCUUCGUGCAGUGUCGCCAUCCCCCGGCCCUGCGGGGCAAAUACCUGGAUUACCUGGAUGACCAACAGCUGCAGAAUGGAUCUUGCGUGGAUCCCUCGCCUUCAGCUCCCUCGACCGCCGAGGGCAGGCGGCGGCCCCUACCCACAGCCGCGGGGGAGGAGAUGACGCCCCCUGCAGAUGGUCUCACGGAGAAGCUGCGGCCUCAGCCUCAGUCCCAGCAGCGGGGCCGAUUUCUAGCGGGGGUGGCCUGGGAUGGGGCCGCCAGGGAGCUCGUGGGCAACAGGAGUGCCCUGAGGCUGAGCCAGUGGGGCCCAGGCCUCCAGCAGCCUGGCCCCUCCGUGGCUGCCGCCGCGGGCCUGGCUCCACAUGCCCUGGACCUGCACGAGAUGCCCCUGCUGGGACGUCCGACCUGGGCCGAUCCCGCCCACGUGGAGCCCACCCCAACGGCCGCUCCCGGCUCUACGACAUCGCCCGCCCGCGACCCCUGGCAGCGCGUGGCGAAGCAGCGCCUGGCCGCAGAGCAGCAGGAGAGUGCUGCGCAGUCCGACGGCGGGGUCGGCCUGCCGCCACUGGUGUCCGACCCUUGCGACUUCAACAAGUUCAUCCUGUGCAACCUGACGGUGGAGGCGGUGGGCGCCGACAGCGCCUCGGUGCGCUGGGCCGUGCGUGAGCACCGCAGCCCCCGGCCGCUGGGCGGCGCGCGCUUCCGCCUGCUCUUCGACCGCUUUGGCCAGCAGCCCAAGUUCCACCGCUUCGUCUACCUGCCCGAGCGCAGCGACUCGGCCACACUCCGCGAGCUGCGCGGGGACACCCCCUACCUGGUGUGCGUGGAGGGCGUGCUCGGGGGCCGGGUCUGCCCCGUGGCCCCCCGGGACCACUGCGCGGGGCUGGUCACCCUGCCCGAGGCUGGGAGCCGGGGCGGCGUCGACUACCAGCUGCUCAUCUUGGCCCUGCUGACCGUCAACGCGCUACUGGUGCUGCUGGCCUUGGCGGCCUGGGCGUCUCGCUGGCUGCGGAGGAAGCUGCGGGCCAGGCGGAAGGCCGGGGCCCCGGUGCACGUUCGCCACAUGUACUCCACCCGGCGGCCCCUGCGCUCCAUGGGCACCGGCGUGUCCGCCGACUUCUCGGGGUUCCAGUCGCACCGGCCGCGCGCCACCGUGUGCGCCCUCAGCGAGGCGGACCUCAUCGAGUUCCCCUGCGACCGCUUCAUGGACAGUGCGGGCGGCGGCGCGGGCGGCAGCUUGAGGCGGGAGGACCAUCUCCUGCAGCGAUUUGCUGACUAGGUCCGGGCCUCCGGGCUAGUAGAGACCAUCUCAUUGGCCUUGAGGAGCCACCUCUCCGUGGGGCCCACCAGCCCACCUCAGGGGAAGAUCCUAUUUUAGCUAACCUUCUCCUUCCUACCUUUUGUGAACUUGCCAGAGAGGCCAAAGGGGACAGAGGGCCGAUUCAGGCACCAUACCCCAAUUCCCAGUACUCACUGAUGAAGUAAAUGGGUAAUACUUGGUGGUCAGGGCGAAGGGGACACAUGGGUGGUGGGGUGCCGAGUCGCCUUCUCAUGAAGGCCUUGGCAUAGCUAUGGGAAUGGCUUUUGUAGCAUUGCAGUGUAAUAACCUGGCCUCUUUGGGGUGGAAAAGCCUGCUUGUGCCCCCAACAUGGCCAGAAAGAGAUUUGGGUGCAUGCUUUUUGUUUGCUUCAGUGUCAAACAGAGGAGUUUUGUUUCUAUUUAAGGAAAAAGAAACUUAUUACCAUUACAAAGGAGGCUUGGCAACUGACUCCACUGGUCUGGUGGUCUCUGCCAAGAAGGGUGAUGUAAACAGGUGGUAAAGUUUAACGCACUUGCCAAGGAACUCAUUUACGUUGGCUGAUAGAGCAUUCUGGAUACCUUAAAGUUUAAAUAAUGAGACGCAAUUUUUUUUUUCAACAAUGUGAAGAGCUGUGACAUUUAACAAACUGACCAAUAAACUCCACGGACUGUUUUAGUUGGACUGGGCCAUUCAACUAUUUGCCUUUUGAUAUUAACAGCACAAGCACGUUUGCUGACUUUGAGGAUAACUAAGAUUACAUACUUUCUCAGGAGAAGGCUGCAUGCAAGACUUCUCUGUCAGGGUUGCUCCUGUGGCUUUUUAAUUUUAUUUUUUUUUAAACCUAUAUAUGGAAUAGGAAAUUUCAAUGCCAGAUUUGAUAAAAAGAAUGUAAUGUAUAUGUAACUGAUAACCCCCUAGGGAACUCCAGCGUUCCAGUUCACUUACCACAUCUGUGACAGUGUGUUUAGAUUGGAAUAAAUGUGAUGUGGUACUUCUCGUGUUGUUAUCAGUGACACACAGUUGACUGUGCUCUGAUUCUCUUGAGUUUCAGCUAAGUGAUAAAGGUAAUUUCCUAAUAGGGAAACAAAAGGUGAUUGUCAAUUGAUAGUGUAAUGUUUGACCACAUUAAUGUCUUUUUUUGUAGGAAAUAGUAGAGGGGAAGAAAUUAUGGAAUUCAAAUGUGAAAAAUUGUGUUAUCAGUGGGCAUCUUUUUUCUACUAAAACUAGAAGAUUGUUAUGAGUACUUAAAUUUCACUGUGAAAUAAUUAUAUAUUUUGCAAUUAAUCUCUCCACAACCUAGUGUUUUCCUAUGUUAUUAAAUCUUAUCUUUUAGUUAAUUUUUGCAGUAUUUCUUUUAAAUGUUUUUGUUUUAGAUGUAGGGUUAGGCUCCUUUAUUUGUUUAGUCAUUUUCAACUAUUUAGGAUACUUUUGUUCCCUGAUAUUUAUGAAGUACAUGUUCAUCACUAAAUGUAGUGGUUUGGUUUACAUUAGUAAUUUUAUGUGUGGUCUAAAAAUGCAGUCGCUAAGAAGGGUGUACACUGUGGUUAUGGAUUUAUUGGCAGUGGAGUAUACCAUGGAGGCCACUACAAUGGUGCUGAGGCUAACAGCGAAUCUUCUGUUUAGGGCCUUAAGCCCCUGAGGGUCUUGAUGACUCAGGGAAUCCAUCACAGCCAGGGGUCCUUCACCCCAGUUCACUCCUUUUAUGUUUGGCCUAGAUUGAGCCAUGCCUGCCCUCCUCCGGACAGCUGAGUAGGGACCCAGGGAUCUAAAUGAGCUGAUCUUUGUUUAUGUUCAGAUGAGUAAAUGUCCAGACCACUUAAACUACAUACAGCUGCUUUUCUGGCAGUCUUAUCUGUGAGGCCAAAACUUAAUAAACCACAGGAAAUAGACUGUCAUUCUUAGUUUGCUGCCAGGGCUUGUUUUAGAUUCGGAACAUAUUGGUACAGGUGGAGUUACUCGCUCUUAUUUCCAACCUGCAGGUUUCAAUCUGGCACCUUUUGUGCUCCUGGCUUUUUUCAUUCAUUGCGAGAUUGCAUCUCUUAGCUGUUUCUUUUGCACAGCAAGAUAAUAUUGAGUCCCAUUGCAAUUCUGGAAAAGGCUUCUGGUUCUGCCCACCACCCACCUUUUCAAUUGUAGAACAUCACUGAAAAUGCUUAAUGCCUGGAUCUGUGUUCUACUUGUAACAGUUUUACUGAAAAGUCUUUCAGUGGGAAAUGAAUAAAUGUUACACAUUGUUAUGUUCAGUUAUACCAAUAAACCCACCUACUAAUAGAGAU